AACUUAGUCGCUUUGUGGCUGCGAGAGAGUAAAAUGGCUCAGACAGGAGUUCAGUUAAACCAGAAAACCUUCUCUUGUUCCAUCUGUCUGGAUCUACUGAAGGAUCCGGUGACUAUUCCCUGUGGACACAGCUACUGCAUGAACUGUGUUACAACAAUCUGGGAUGAAGAAGACGGUAAGAGACUCUACAGCUGCCCUCAGUGCAGACAGACCUUCACACCGAGGCCUGUCCUGGUGAAAAACACCAUGUUAGCAGAGUUAGUGGAGCAGCUGAAGAAGACUGGACUCCAAGCUGCUGCUGCUGAUCACUGCUAUGCUGGACCUGAAGAUGUGGCCUGUGAUGUCUGCACUGGGAGGAAACUGAAAGCUGCCAAGUCCUGUCUGAUGUGUCUGGUCUCUUACUGUGAGACUCACGUCCAGCCUCAUUAUAAUUCCUCUGCCUUUGAGCAACACAAGCUGGUGGAGCCCUCCCAGAAGCUGCAGGAGAACAUCUGCUCUCGUCACCACAGAGUGAAGGAGCUUUUCUGUCGUACUGAUCAACAGUGUAUCUGUCAUCUCUGCUCUGUGGAUGAACAUAGAGGCCACGACACAGUCUCAGCUGAAGCAGAGAGGACUGAGAGGCAGAGAGAGCUCGAAGGGAGUCGACAGGAAAUCCAGCAGAGAAUCCAGGACAGAGACAAGGAGGUGAAGGUGCUUCAACAGGACGUGGAGGCCAUCAGUCGCUCUGCUGAUCAAUCAGUGGAGAACAGUGAGAAGAUCUUCACUGAGCUCAUCCGUCUGAUGGAGAAAAGAAGGUCUGAGGUGAAGCAGCAGAUCAGAUCCCAGCAGGAAACUGAAGUGGGUCGAGUCCAAGAGGUUCAGGAGAAGCUGAAGCAGGAGAUCACUGAGCUGAAGAGGAGAGACGCUGAGCUGGAGCAGCUCUCACACACAGAGGAUCACAUCCAGUUUCUACACAUCUACCCGUCACUGCCAGCACUGAGUGGAUCCACACAAUCAUCCAGAACCAACACCCGUGCUCUGAGAUACUUUGAGGACAUGACAGCAGCUGUGUCAGAGCUCAGAGACCAAAUACAGGAGGUUCUGAGGACGACGAGGACAAACAUCUCACUGACAGUGACUGAGGUGGACGUUUUACUGUCAGGACCAGAACCAGAAUACAAGGGCAGAGCUGGGUUCUUAAAGUAUUCCUUUGAAAUCACUCUGGAUCCAAACACAGCAAGCAACUGGUUGUUAUUAUCUGAGGGGAACAGAAAAGUAACAUAUAAGAGUCAAUCACAGUAUUAUUCUGAUCAUCCAGACAGAUUCACUGAUUGGUGGCAGGUUCUGAGCAAAGAGAGUUUGACUGAACGUCGUUACUUUGAGGUGGAGUGGAGAGGAAAAGAAACAGUUAUUAUAGCAGUCGCAUACAAGAACACCAGAAGAGCAGGAUGUGGUGCUGAAUGUGGAUUUGGAUUUAAUGAUAAAUCCUGGGCAUUGAUAUGUAACAACACCAGUUAUGAAUAUUGUUACAACAACAUCUUCACUCAUGUCUCAGGUCCUCCAUCCUCCAGAAUAGGAGUGUACCUGGAUCACAGAGCAGGUCUUCUGUCCUUCUACAGUGUCUCUAAAACCAUGACUCUCCUCCAGAGAGUCCAGACCACAUUCACUCAGCCUCUCUAUGCUGGACUGUAUGUUUAUGGUGAUAAUGCUACAGCUGAGAUCUGUAAAUUGAAAUAGACUCAAGUCAUUUAAGAUGCAGCAGGUUAAACUUGACUUCAUCUUUAUUUUUAUCUUAAUUUUUCACAUGUAUUACUUGUCUCAUCACUGUUAUGUGCUUUAAAAUUCUAUCACUCAUCUUCAUCUUGUGUUGGACUUUCUUUAGGAGGCAGAUUGUUAACUAGUUGAGCAGUGACAGUUGUAAACAAGGCCACCCCUAUAGCUUAAAAUCCAUGUGCAGCUUGUGAAACGACAGAAGAGAGGUUCAGAACAGGUGUCAGAGUGUUGUUGUUGCAGGGUGGUCCACAGGGGGGCGCGUUUUGUUUUUCAUAUCUAUGUCUGUGUAACAUAUGGGUGUCAGUCCCACUCUCAGUACACAGGUGUAGGGAUUUUCCAGCUAUGAAGAGUGUAAAAGAACUGAGCGACAAGUUGUUGUGUUUCAGUAUAUUUGUAGACAACUUUAUAAUAAAAGCACAAGAGAAAGACAGCGGCUGGUGUCAUCAUUCGACUGUGCUACAAAAUUGGGGACUCGUCUGGGACCAACGGUGCAACUGUGCAAGAGAAGGAGGAUGAAAUGCUGCAUCUGCUUUGGAGUGAAUUAUGCAUAUAAUGUAAUCUUUUUUUCAAAUUGGUGCCAGUCACAUAUAAAAUUUCUUUUGGUUCAUCCAGAUAUUAGAGUUCACA